GGUUUUAGUCGCGUAUUGAACGCGUUGCUGUACAAAUGAUGCGCUUACAACAGUUAAGCCUUGGCUCGCUAGCGCUGCUCGCUCUCCAGCUGGCGCUGCUACCAAUAGCAACGAGCAACAUGACAACAACAACAACAAGUGGAGCUGGCAUUGUGGAAAAGGUGCACAGUCGUCAGAAACGUUAUCUGGCAUUUCCGGAUGGCUCGUCGGUAUCGGCGGCGAUUUGUUUGACCGUCGGCAUGCUGGGCAAUCCGAAUGUGAACUUUAUCAGCUGGGCCGUCAACUGGGGUGUUGCCUACAAUUUGCCGAAUCACAAUUGGGUCAUACAGCAUGCGCAUGGCUUUGCCGCCAAUCUAACCAAGCCCAUGAUACAGCGACGCUCACGUCGCAGCUUCUACAACGAACUGCAAACGGCGAUAGAUCACAUGGGCUUCAAUGGACGCGACUGUGUGGCACGUGCGCUCUGCGAGAGCGCCAAGUAUUUGCAAACUCCAGGACGACGUGGCAACAUGCUGGAGCAGCUGGUGCGCACUGUAUUCAGUUUGCCCACAGCGCCAGUGGCAGCGCAUGAGCCGGCGUCGCAUCAUGAAUACGAUUCUAUAUAUCGCCGUUCCAAGCGUGAGCUGCGUGACUGCCAUGAGCUCUAUGCAGGCUGUCAGUUCUCCUUGUUAGCCUUGGGAUUGGGACACUAUGCAGCGGCGCCCGCUCAGUUCAAUAAACAUCAUUUUAUGUAG